AUGAUACUACAAGAACUACAAGUUAAUGUAUCUAGUGUAUCAACUUGUAGAUCAUUAUAUGGAACGAGGGUGAGUGAUCGUCAAGUCUGUGCUGGAAAUGGAACAAAACAAGCUUGUAUGGGAGAUUCCGGAAGUCCCCUAUCAUGUAAUAUUAAUGGUAUAUGGUAUGUAGUAGGUGUGGUAUCGUGGGGUGAUGAUAAUUGUGUAGGCAGACCAUCAGUAUUCACUCGUAUUUCACAAUUUAUUCCUUGGAUUCAACAACAAACUGGACUUCAUUUUAAUCAAAAUUCUCAUGUAAUUGGAUAG